GCAGGAACUACAGUCAACGCACAUGUGUUCUGUAUGUCGCGAAUGUGUUGGAAUAAAAGGAAAAACACAAGAAUCAGAGUCUGUCCACAGACCUAGCCACAAUGCUUAGUGAUGGCGAAGCUAAAGAACUGCUCUCAUUUCUCACUCUGGAGACGAGAGCUGAUGUCAAAGGGCAGGCCACGGGAUACAUCCUGGGCCUCACAGGAAACCGGGAUGGGUGCCGGUACCUACAGUCCAAGCCAGACUUUCUUAAAGCCUUGGUGACUCUAACUCGUGAUCCCUCCAUUGCCAUUGUAAAGGACUGUUAUCAUGCCCUGAUUAACCUCUCGGCGGACGAGACUCUUCACCAGCCUUUGGUCAAAGAGACGGACUUACUGGUUAUACUGUUCCAGAACCUCCUGGACUCGGAGUAUAUGUUUGCAGACCGGAUCUGUACUAUCCUCAGUAACCUGAGCCGACACGAGCGGACGUGCAGAGAUGUGUUCAGUGCUCUGCAGGAGCAGAAGAUCGGACUGGACAAAGUGGUGGAGAUCUUCUGCACAGAGGGGUUCAAUAAGAAAGCCUCACUUCAUUAUCUGGGACCCCUGCUAUCCAACCUCACACAGCUGCCCGAGGCACGACACUUCAUUCUGGACAAGGACAGGUGUGUGAUUCAGAGGCUCCUGCCGUACGCACAGUACGAGGAAUCCACCACCAGACGAGGAGGGGUGGUGGGAACGCUCAGAAAUUGCUGCUUUGACUACAGUCAUCACGAGUGGUUGCUCAGCGAUGCGGUGGAUAUUUUACCAUACCUUUUAUUACCAUUGGCUGGACCAGAGGAGCUCUCAGAGGAAGAGAAUGAAGGUUUGCCUGUGGACUUGCAGUACCUGCCAGAGGACAAAAAGAGAGAAGAUGAUCCUGAUAUCCGCAAGAUGCUCUUAGAAACCCUGAUGCUUCUUACAGCUACUAAAGUGGGCCGACAGACUAUGAAGAACAAGAACGUGUAUCCCAUCAUGAGAGAGUUUCACAAAUGGGAGAAGGAUCCACAUGCGAUUUCAGCCUGUGAGAAACUCGUCCAGGUUUUGAUUGGAGACGAGCCGGAGGCGGGAUUGGAGAAUCUGAUGGAGGUGGAGAUUCCCAAAGACGUGGAGGAAAAACUGAAGGAACUGGACACCAAAGAGCAGGAACAAAUGGAAAAGGACAUACAAGAAUCUGAGAAGAAGCUAAAUGAAUCCCCAGAGGGCCUGGAGAGAUAAACAGACAUCAAAGCCAAUAAACAAAACUUUACUUCCAUAAAUAAAGACUUUGCUGAGUUGAAUGUCCAGGAUAAUUGAAUAAAAAGAUUUGGAAACGAA